CGGUCCUGCCCAGGGACCCCCUCCGUGUCAUCCCUCCGGGAGGGACGCUCCGACCUGCUGAUGUCGAAGCCUUUGUCUUCCUCCUGCGCCUGGCGCUGUGGGCAUUUUCACAGCUGGAGGCGAGGACAGAAACCAGGGCGCUUUAAGCCUUCCUCCCCGGCGGGCGGCGACGCUGACCCGCUUGUCUUCCUUCAGCCCCUGGCCCCGAGGCCGCUCAGGCUGGACGUCUGUCCUCGUCUACCCUGCCCGUCCGCGUCUCUGCGCCCGGAGACUGCCCAGCCUGUGUGCUGCUCCCGUCCUCCCCUCCCCAAACCGCCGAGGAAGCUGAUCUGUACAGUGCCCGUUUGGGCGCUGCCUCGGGCCUCAGUUUCCCCAUCUGCUAACAUGGUCAGUGCCGCCUGCUGCGCAGACCCAGAGGUCGCGGCGCCGAGGUCUGGCUGGGGAGGGUCCCGCGCUCGGCGCAGGCUCCGUGCGCCGCCUGCCCCUCCCCCCGCCGCCCGCUCCUCCCGCGUGGCCGUGCUCCCCUCCCCCGGCCGUCCGCUCGCCGUCCCGGGGUCCCGGCGCCCAGCUGCAGCGUGGUCAGUCCGCAGCCCCAGCGCCCGCCCCGCGCGCAGCCCGAGCCCGAGGCGGAUCGCAGCGCGGACCGAACCGAGCCCAGCGCCGCGGCCAGGAGCCAUGCUGCUUCUCCUGCUUGGCCUGCUGGGUCCAGCUACCUGCUGGGCCCUGGGCCCAGCCCCCGAGCCAGGCUCCUUGGGGCUGCGCUCGGCCUUCUCAGCGGCCCGCACCACGCCGCUGGAGGGCACGUCGGAGAUGGCUGUGACCUUCGACAAAGUGCUGGUGAACAUCGGUGGCGACUUCGACGCGGCCACAGGGCGCUUCCGCUGCCGCGUGCCGGGCGCCUACUUCUUUUCUUUCACGGCCGGCAAGGCCCCUCACAAGAGCCUGUCGGUGAUGCUGGUGCGCAACCGCGACGAGGUGCAGGCGCUGGCCUUCGACGAGCAGCGCCGGCCCAGCACAAGGCGCGCCGCCAGCCAGAGCGCCAUGCUGCAGCUCGACUAUGGCGACACGGUGUGGCUGCGCCUGCACGGCGCCCCACAGUACGCGCUGGGCUCGCCGGGCGCCACCUUCAGCGGCUACCUGGUGUACGCCGAUGCCGACGCGCCCGCGCAUGCGCCCUCGGAGCCGCGCUCUGCCUUCUCGGCGGCGCGCACGCGCAGUCUAGUGGGCGCGGACGCGAGCCCAGGGCCUCGACACCGGCCGCUCGCCUUUGACACCGAGCUCGUCAACAUCGGCGGCGACUUCGACGCGGCGGCCGGCGUGUUCCGCUGCCGCCUGCCUGGCGCCUACUUCUUCUCUUUCACGCUGGGCAAGAUGCCGCGCAAGACGCUGUCGGUGAAGCUGAUGAAGAACCGCGAUGAGGUGCAGGCCAUGAUCUACGACGACGGCGCCUCGCGGCGCCGCGAGAUGCAGAGCCAAAGCGUGAUGCUGCCGCUGCGGCGCGGUGACGCCGUGUGGCUGCUCAGCCACGACCACGAUGGCUACGGCGCCUACAGCAACCACGGCAAGUACAUCACCUUCUCUGGCUUCCUGGUGUACCCCGACCUCACCGCUGACGGCGACCCAGAGCUCUGAGGCCGCCUGAGAGGGGACAGGGACCAGGGUCGGGCCGGGUGCGGGGCGUGCAUGCGGGGACCCCGCGCUUAUCUCCACCAAUAAAGUGCGCCUGCGCGGUC